GAAUGCAGAGGCUUGUGAGAUUGGUCUUGUCACGUAACACAAAAAUUCAAGAGCGUACUGGUUUCAGAUCAAAACUCUAGAAGCCUCCAUCACCACAUUUCCUGUUUGUAACUGAACAAAGUACACACGAAAGAUUUCAAGACACAGAAGAGAGAGAAAACUGAGGUACAGUUAAAGACAAGUUUUACUGGCACACUACUUCUAAAGCGACAGAGCAACAUUACUGAGGAAAAAAAGCUUGUGGGAGCAUUUUUAAUCCAUAUAUUUGCCUUAUGGUUACAUAAGGAUUUCUCUGAGGAAAGAAGCAUGCCAGAAAACCCUGGAUGCCACUAUUAUGUCUGGGUAAUUCUAGCCUUUUUGGGAUUAGCUCUGAUUGUAUCACUGAUCUUCAAUAUUUCCCACUAUGUGGAAAAGCAGCGACAAGGUAAAAUGUACAGAUGCACUGAAGACUACAUUCCUAGGGAGGAUGAGUAUUAUAUUGAAGACACACCAAUUUAUGGUAACUUAGAUGAUGUGGUCCCAGAACCAGUGGAUGAAAAUUGUUAUGAACAAAUGAAAGCACGACCUGAGAGAUCUGCAAAUGAACUACAAAAAGCCACUGCACCUGCACAGACAACCGAGGAAGCACAGGUAUUCUAUUCCUUUGUGGAUCACAACUCUGAGGGGAAGCGCAGGAAGCCCAAGAAACAGAAUACCGAUCUGUCACACAAGGACGAAGAAACCCAGUUAUGUGCUGCAGAUGCCAUCCUUUCUAACACCACUUCAGUAGACAACUUCCCAUUUGAGAGCCAGGAAGUAGAGGAAAAUGUUCAUGAUGACCCCAUCAGACUAUUUGGAUUGAUUCGUGCAAAGAGAGAACCUAUAAACUCGCUGGACUAUGAUAUAGCUCAGUAAUCUGGCUCUUACUGGAAAUGUUAAAGAAAAUAACAUGAUUUGGGAGGGUGACAAUCUAAAUCAUUUGCUAGUGGGAUGGUGGCUUACCUCUUAUCCACAGCUUAUGUUCAUGCACACCAAAUGUAGUGCCAUGAAAAUUAGUUAUUUGAAUUGGCUUAACAAAUGCCUAAGUAGUAAAAUGUAAAACAAAAUCAAGUUCGCCAACUGAGCCUAAUAACAAAGUCACAAUUUCACCAACAAUGCUUAAUACUCAGUGAAACAAAAUUAAAAAAAAAAUUUUUAAGCAUAAGUAUAUUCUAGAACAUGUUGAAAGAAAAGUAAAAGUCACUUUUUAAAAGGCAUUUUUACUGUCUCAUCAAUAUGAAAUACCCCUUAAUUGAAAGAAAUUUCUGAUUGAAAGCCAUGGGACAUCAAAUAUAUUCCUAAUAGAAGUAGAAGAAUCUUCUUAAAAAGUAUUUUCCCCAGAGGAACUACCUUUAUUACUUUUAAAAAUUAUUAUAAAUUUAAUGCAUGUCCCUUAUAACAAUAAACAACUAUAACAAAGAAUUUAGAUACUUCACUAGCCAGAGAUAAUCACUAUGAGCAACUUUCUAUAUCCCCUUCUAGAAAUUUUUCUGGACAUGCCAAUGUGCAUACAUCCAUUGUUUUGUUCUUUCUUUUAUACCAAAAAAGGGAGUGAUUAUUUUAUACACAUUAUUUAAACUUUUUUCACUUAAUAUAUUGGGGGUUUAUUUUUCUUGUUUUUUUAAACUGUACCUAAAUACAGUUACAUAUUAUAAUUUUAAUGCCUGCAUAGCAAUUCACUGAUGACAUUAGAAUUUAUUUAAAUAAUUUGAAAGUGUAUUCAGCUAUUUUCCGAGUUCUGUUUUUCAUUUUUACAUAUAAUUAUUGUAAUGAGAAUGCAUCUCCACACGUGUUUAAGUACUUAUCUGACUUCGUCUUGAGGCUACAUGCCUAGGAAAGGAAUUGCUGCUCUAAAAGGUAUGCAUAGUGAGUCUCCAUAGAACAUACUUCUAAAAGGUCAAGAGUUUGUUCAAAGUAUGUGUCCAAUUUAAAUUCCUGUAAGGCCCUCCAAAAAGUUAUUUAAAAAACUUUCUGUUAUCUUUCUCCAUUUGGAAUAGGAGUUUAACUGGGUUUCAAAUCAUCACUGACCAAGAAAAGUGUACAUGUGAGCUGUCAGUCCUGCCCUCUGACCAGAGCUUCAUGGAUUUUAUUCAUUCUUUCUUCAAUUCUAUUGGGCUCCUACUGGUGUAUAGGUACCAAGUUAGACAUUGGUGUACAAUGAGAGAAACAGAGUCCCUGCCUCCAUGGAACUUACAGACGAGUAGGAAAGAUGAGUAUCAGCUUAACAAAGUAUAGCUACUAGUAAAAAACAAAUAUUAUUAAGAAAAUAGAAGAAUGAGAAAUAAUAAUAGAGAGAGAGAAUCUCUGAAGAGAACGUUUUAAUUCUGAGAACUGAACAAUGAGGAGCCGCCAAUGUAAAGAGAGAGGAAGGAAGAGCAUGUUGUAUAAGAAUUCUAUCCAUAUUUGGAAGUAACAGCUUCUGUCAAUAACUAUUCCUAUUAUGAACUGGUAAAAAACUAAAUGUCAAUGCCAAAGUAAAAUAUUUGAAGUUGUCCAUAAUGCCAUAAAAAAUCCAAAAAAUAUUAGUGUCUAAGGACAAAAGAAAAAAGAAUCAGGUUUCUGACUUUAGAGAACCACAGAAACAUAGGAAAUAAUAAUUAACAAUGAUAUAUUGACUUUAAAUUUAAUUUUCAAAUUAAAAUAAAAUCUUUGUUAUUGUAUAUGUUUAUGUUACAUUUCUGUACAUUGCGUGGUUCAGUAAAAAUAAAGUUUGAUUGUAUUUUGGCAGUUAGUUUUUCCUACAUCAUUCACCUACAUUAUUCACUUAACCCCUAAACAUAUUUGAAUUUUUUGCCUCUAGGUUAUAUCAUUUGAAUUCCACUCUAUUUGGAGUUUUAUGCAUCAAAUAUACUUGAUGGCUGAUAAUUUGGAAGGUUUUUAGCUAUGAAUUCAAAUUCCCUAAUAGAUAAAAGAUUAUUCAAGUUUAUCUAUUUCCUGUUGAGUGAAUGUGGUAAUUUGUGUCUUUUGAGGAAUGUGUCCCUCUCAUCUAAGUUGUUAAAUUUACGGCAUAAAGUUGAUCAAAAUAUUCCCAUAUUAUCCUUUUAAUAUCUUAAAUCUAGUGAUUUAACCUCUCUUUGAUAGUAGGAAUUUGCUUCUUUUUUUCCUCUUAUCUCUCCAGUUAGAGAUUUAUCAAUUUUAUUGAUUUCCUCAAAGAACCAGUUACUGUUGACAUAAUUUUCCCAUUGUUUUUAUAUUUUGUGUUUCAUUGGUUGGUCCUCUGAUCUGUAUUAUAUUAUUUCUUCGGUUUAUUGGGUUUCAUUUGUUCUUUUUUUAGCUUUUCAAGGUGGAAGCUGAGCUCAGUAAUGAGACUUUCUUCUUGUCUAGAAUAGGCAUUUAGUUUCAUAAAUUUCCCAUAAAUUUUGAUAUAUUGUGUUUUUAUUUUUACUUAUUUCAAAUAUUUCUACUUUCCCUUUGAUUUCUUCUGUGAUCCAUAGGUUAUUUAGAAGUGUGUUAUUUAGUUUCCAAGUAUUUGAAGAGUUUCCAGAUCUCUUUCUUAUUGAUUUCUAAUUUAACUCCAUCGUAGUAAGAAAACAUAUGACUUGAAUCCUUUUAAGUUUAUUGAGCUUUUCUUUAAUGCUCAGAAUAUACUCUAUCUUGGUAAAUGAUGAUAUACACUUGAAAAGAGUGCAUAGUCUAUUUUUGUUGGAUAGAAUGUUCUCUAAAUGCCAAUUAGAUUAAUUUGGUUGAUAGAGCUUUUCAAGCUUUCUAUGUCCUCUAUAUUUAAAAUUCAUUUUUAUAGGCAGCAUGUAGUUUGUUUGGUUUUUUAAUCCAAUCUGAAAAUCUCUGCCAUUUAAUUGGGGUAUUUAGACCAUUCUCAUUUAAUGCAGUUAUUGGUAUGGUUAGGUUCAAAGCAACAGUCUUGAUUAUCUGUUUUCUAUUUGUCUCAUCUAUUCUUCAUUGAUCUUUUUCCUCUUUUUGUGACUUCUUCUAUAUUACAGUUGACAUUUAAACAAUACAGGGGUUAGGAAUAUGACCUCCUCAAUAGUAAAAAAAAAAAAAAACCCACAUAUAACUUUUGGCCCCCUUCCAAAAA